CGCCAGCAGCAGCAGCAGCAGCAGCCGCGGAGAGAGCUGAGAGACUUGAGAGACUCGACACGGCGAGUUCAGUCAGCGGCUAGCCGCCAACGCAGAGAGAGCGUCUCCCUACGACUCUCUUCUCCGAUCCUCUAUACUCUCGCUCUUUCACUCGUACCGUAGCCAACACACGCAUCAGAUCAGAGUGCGAAUGUCGCGCGGUGACAUGUGAGGCCCCCGGUGCUGUGCAUCCCCGGACAGGUCGCGGCGAGUGCGUACGCGUUUUACACCGAACGGAGCCAGUGCGCGAGUGCGACGAGUUAGCGAAUAGCGAAUAGAUCGACCGUAGCGAGAAUCCCAGGAUGAAGGGCGCGAUCGCGCUGCUGCUGCUGCUGCCGUUGCUGUGCUCGCUGCUCAGCGAGUCCUCGGCCUCGGACUCGAGCAGCGAGAUCUUCACCAAGAUGUUCUCGGGCCAGCCGGACCCAGCCGAUCCCUGCUACGACGAGGACCGGCCGCGGCGCUGCAUCCCCGACUUCGUCAACGCAGCCUUCGAGCGACCGGUCGCAGCCUCCUCGACCUGCGGCAUUAGCGGGCCGACGCGCUACUGCGACGGCCUCGACUCCUCCUCGUGCCACCUGUGCGACGACAGCGUGCCCCGGCGCCGGUUCCCGGCCUCCUACCUUACCGAUCUCAACAACCCGACUAACGUGACCUGCUGGCGCAGCGAGCCCCUGGUCUCGCCGUCGAGCCUCUCGGCGCCGCCGGACAACGUCACCCUCACCCUCAGCCUCGGCAAGAAGUACGAGCUGACCUACGUGAGCCUCCAGUUCUGCCCCAAGGCCGCCAAGCCGGACUCGAUCGCCAUCUACAAGUCCAUGGACUACGGGAAGACCUGGCAGCCCUUCCAGUUCUACUCGUCGCUCUGCCGCAAGGUCUACGGCCGGCCCAACCGGGCGACCAUCACCAAGGCCAACGAGCAGGAGGCCCGCUGCACCGACAGCCACAGGUACACCGGCGGCGACGGCCUCGGGCCCGUCGGACGCAUCGCCUUCAGCACCCUGGAGGGCCGACCCUCGGCGCCGGACUUUGACACCUCGCCGGUGCUCCAGGACUGGGUCACCGCGACCGACAUCCGCGUCAUCUUCAACCGGCUGCAGAUGCCGCAGCAGGAGCCCGUCUCUCCGGUGCACGAGGAGGUGCUCAGCCUCGAGGAGAUCGCGAAGCGCGAGCGCGACGAGGCCAAGCUCAAGGGCCAGAAGGGCAUCAACAGCCUGUUCGGCGAGCCCGGACUGGGGGGCACUGCCCUGCCCUCGGUGCACCAGGUCCUCGCGCCCCAGGAGCUGCAGAGCAACGACGCCCUCGAGCUCCAGGAGAUGAGCUUCGUCUCGGUGCCCUCGACCACCAGCAGCACUGGCAACGGUAGGGAGCAGCAGAGCAGCCUGGCACACCACUACGCCGUCUCGGACUUUGCCGUGGGCGGGCGCUGCAAGUGCAACGGACACGCGGCCAAGUGCAGCCCCGACAAGGACGGACAGCUCGCCUGCGAGUGCAGACACAACACCUUCGGACGCGACUGCGAAAAGUGCAAGCCCUUCUACUUCGACCGGCCCUGGGCCAGGGCCACCGCCAGGGACGCCAACGAGUGCAAAGUGUGCAAUUGCAACCAGCACGCGAGGAAGUGCAGGUUCAACAUGGACCUGUACAAGCUGUCGGGCCGCGUGAGCGGGGGCGUUUGCCUGCAGUGCAGGCACUUCACCGCCGGCAGGCACUGCCACUACUGCAUGGAAGGAUACUACAGGGAUCCGACCCGGCCCAUCACUCACCGCAAGGCAUGCAAACCCUGCGAGUGCCACCCGAUCGGAGCCUACGGCAGGACGUGCAACCAGAGCACGGGACAGUGUCCCUGCAAGGACGGCGUCACGGGGAUAACCUGCAACCGGUGCGCGAGGGGCUAUCAGCAGAGCCGAUCUCACAUCGCUCCUUGCAUCAGAAUUCCGAGAGUCGUGCAGACGCAGGGGAUCGCUGGAGAGGACAGCGGUGAGCCUGACGAGGACGAAGACGAGGAGCGAUACGAGACCCGAAAUGAGCCGUGCGCCAAGUGUCGGGCGAGCACCAGGAGGCUGAGCAUGAAGAAGUACUGCAAGCGAGAUUACGCGCUGCAAGCCCGGGUGAUCGACAGAUACGACGGUCCAAACACGGCUGCGGGUAAUCCGGACAACUCCUGGGUCAGGUUUACCCUCAAGAUCGUGACGAUCUUCAAGAAGAGCAAGGACUUGAGGAUCUCCAGGGGAACGACUCCCCUCUACGUACACGCGAGCGACCUCGCCUGCAGGUGUCCCAAGAUCAAACCUAAUCAAUCAUACCUGAUCCUGGGCACAGCGAGCGAGAGCGCGGCCAAGAAGGGCCUCACAGUCACGGAAAAGUCGAUCGUGAUCGAGUGGCGCGACGAGUACAGCCGCAGGAUGCGUCGCUUCGAGCGAAGGGCGAGAUCCUGCCACUGAACAGCUGCUACGAUUACAAGCAUCCCACAUUGAUACCCGAUUACAACUCGUCUUUUACUUUUACUAUAACAAGCGAAAAGAAAGAAGAAAUUUAAGAAAAAAAAAGAAAGAAGACAACCUAUUAUUAAUAUAAAAUAUACCAUUCGUCGUUUAACCUAAGAUUCCUAUAUUUUUUUCAAAAAAGGCAAAAAAGAGAAAAGAUUUUUUCUUUCCCGCAAAAAAAAAGGAGAAAAACGGACACACGAGCUCUAUUUAGCAUACGCGCGCGAGCACAAUGAUAAAAGAGGGCGCCUAUGGAAUGCAUGAAUGUUCCCUUUUUUUCUCUCUCUAACUCUUGUCCGAACGAGAGUCCGCGAGCGCGGUAUAUUAUAUACAUAAAAAACAUGUAGACUUUUGCAUAAACGCAGGAAUAGGAAGACGAAAUGUGUAAGGGAUAAUAGUAGCUCUGGAAUAAGGAACAAGUUGUGCACGACGACGACGAUGAGUCUCGCUUUCACUGUAUAUUCCAGCUUCUCUUCUGUAUUUUGCUUGAUUAUCUUCCCAAAAACACCGACUCACCGCGCGCGACUCUUAUUCCUCUGGUCAUUUGUAUACUCACUUCUAUUCCUAUUCCGCAUAUAUUUGUGUAAAGGCCUUAUACGAUGAAAGAUUUUAAGACGAAGAAUUGAUAGGAGAAGAAAAAAAUAUAAGCUAUCCAUUAACUAUUAAUAAUAGUAAUGUAAUUAUAUACAUUAUUAUUUUAUUGUAUUGAUUAUAUUAUUAUGCGUUGAAGUAUAAUUUAUUUAUAACGACGCGACGGCGACGAGAAGCGAAAAGCAAAGUAUUCCAAUCUAAUUCAUCGCGAGUAUUCGAGUCUUACAAUAUGAUUUAGCGCUAUUUUCUACUACACAAUUUUUAUAUAUAUAUUUAAAACGAUCUUUCUAAACUCGACCGUUGUAUCUUUGCCUCUUUCUUUGCUCCCUCCCUUUUUUUCCUUCUUCCUCCUCGUAAUACACGAGAAAAAGUAUUCCCAAGAUGGAACUUUUUUCUUAUUCAAGCAAACUUUCUCGCAAUGGCUAUAUUUAUUUAUUAAAAUAUUAAUAAUAAUAAUAUAACGAACGUCGAUGCUCGAUCAUCGAUCGCGCGCUUGACUUUAUAUACAUGUAAACAAGAUAUUCGACUAUAUGCGUCCGUUAAUAUGUAGAUUUUCUUGUACAUUUUUUAUAUAAGUACAUAAUUAAUUGUCGAUAACGAUUAAGGAUAUAUCACACGAAGAUGAGAAAACAAGCUAUUAUGUCGUUCGCCUGAGAAAACCGCGAGUUCUUUGCGAAAUUACACGAAAACACACACAUAGAAACGAGCACAUAUCGAUUUUUUCAAUGCAAACGAUGAGACUUUUCGAGUAACUGCCAAAAUUGACAUUUUUUACGCGUUAUACAAGUAUGGUUAUUGUACACAAUGUAAUCGGAGUAUAUUUCUCAGGACGACGUGUGUAUUUCGUUUUCACGCAAUAUAUAAUUACGAAAGAGAGAAAAAAUAAUAAUAAUUAUUAUAUGCAUUAAACUCGAAUCGAAAGAGCAAAGAGGCUCGAAGUGCCAAUUUCCACAAAAGGCCAUAAUAAUAUCCACGUACUUAUAGGAGAUAUUAAUCAAAUUUAUAAAUCCGCUACACACUUGGAUAUUAUAAUAUACCGUUGUAUCACUGAAGGCAAUAAUACUUUUUCCCGUUUUUUUUUUAACCUUUGUAACGAGUCCCUAUACUAUAGUUGAAACAGUUAAAAGCCACAGUUAUGUUUUGGUGGAGACACGACUUCGUAUAGGCCAAGAAGAACGUUGAGUAUAUUAAAAUAUAAUAUGAAUAGUCUUGUAUGUACAGAACGUGUAUUUUUUAGGAAAAUAAAAUCACCUUUAAUAUAAGUGAAUAAUCUUCUUGUAUCGACUAAACCUUUAAGUUGGAAUAAUGUAAUAAACUCUAUUAUUAUUGUAAUUUGCAUUUGUUCCACCUUUGAUCUGCGCAUUCACAGAGUUAUAUAGUGCUAUUUGUAUUACUGUAUGCGAUUGCGAAGAAAAAAUAAUAAAAAAACAUUUUUUUUACAAACGAAGCGUUUGUACAAUCGUUUGAUGAAAUUAAUUUGAACUAUAUUUCAAAUUUGGUGAUUCUUCGGACUUUUAUGAAUAUAAAUGUAACAAAGAUACGUAAUCAUGACACGCAGUAUUCACAACGAGUAUACAGACACGCAGCAAAGCUAUUACUAGUUGACACGCUUGAAAGAACAAUUCAGCUUUGAUUUGUCGAUUUCGGUUAACAAUACACAGUGCGUAAUGAAAAAAGAAGAAAUGAGACUUUUGAGGUCAAGUGUAAUGGGCUGCGUAAGGUGACUUUAUUCUUCUAAAUCAGCGAGACGAUCAGUCAGAGCGGAGAAAAUAAUAACGAAGGCAAAUAAGAAGGAGAUGGAAAUUUUAGAUACGAACUUGCCAAUAAGCGCAUCCUUGAAUUAAACUUGUAGAGCGUGUAUACGCGCGAGCGACGACUCGAUGAAUGUGCUAUAUUUAUACCUCCGCGACUUUAUGCUAGUUACGAUAGGAUAUAAUAUAAACGAUAUCAUUACAGUAUAUCAGUAUGAUUAUUAUUAUUAUUAUGCGAAAAAGAAAAAAAAAAUUAAUCGAUCGCUGCCGCAUAUUAUAUCGAUAUACGACUACGACUAGCUCUCGUUUUAAAUUAUUAUCCUAAGUGUCACGUCGUGUAUUGUGGUGUAAUAAAUGUGAUUAGGUAGUUAUCAUGCGAAAUAAAUAUGCAAUGCGUCGCAAGUAAAACUUUGAAA